UCGGCACGUUCGGAACGCGGCCGCAGUCACGGUGCGUUUAUACAGUGCGCUUGGACGUGCCGUCGGAGGUGGUGUUGUUGGCAGUCACGGCAGACAGAUACACGCGGUUUUUCGUCAUUUGCUACACACCGUAUAUUAAUAUCAGACGACGGUCAAGUUUUGGGGGGCUCUUCGUAUUCCGAUGUACAAUUUCUAAGAAUCAAUUCUAACUAACAAAACAUAAAUUUUUGGUUUGAUUGAUGCUCCGAGUUAAUAUCAAUUGUGUAUAAAUUUCAAGUGAAUUGCAUGUUAUGUUUUUGUUUAAGUUUUAUUUUCAAUAGUUAAUAACUCGUUGUGUGAUAGCGUACACAAUCCAUCCGAAUAAUUUUGACAAAACUUCUAAUAAAACAAGAUCACUGGCUAUUUGUCAAAUACAUUUGAACGAAAUUUGAGAAAAGAUAACAGAAUGCAAUACGUCAUUUUUGAUGUCGGGAAAUUAUUAAAAGGGUACCACACUCUUAAAAAAAUGUCCGAGUUUUCACAUUAUGUAUUAAGCAUUUUUUAUGCAUACAACGAAAGGGAAGAUUUGUAUAAAUAGUGAUGAAAUUGAUAUAUUAGUGUACGAAUUUACGAUAUUUUAUGUCAAAAUAAUACUAAUUGUAUGUAAAAUUAACCCGUACGUUGAAAACAUCAUACUGACGUGUGAGAAUUGAUUAAUUACCGCAAGAUAUGGCUGUUGGCGUGGGUUGGUAUUAUGGACGUACAACUUCCACCCUACGGGUUGCCUGAGUUUCCCCAAAACGGAGUACGUAACGGGGACGGGGCCAUGCGGCGCCCCCCCAACAUCUUAUCAUCAGCCACUGAUCGAACACCAUCAGAACCACGUGCAGCAUCACCAGUUGAUAACGCCACCGUCGAUGCCUCCCAGUGGGCACAUGCGCGGCCAGUCCACCGCGUCUUUGUCAACGCCCGUCCAACCCGUCAACCCUUUAAGCACAGUUUAUGCUACGAAGAGACGCCGACGGAAUGGCAAAAGCGUGAAGGCGACUCCAAAAGAUGGCGGCGUCGGUAAAAGCAAUCCGAGCAAACGUCACCGAGAACGGCUGAACGCGGAACUGGAUACACUAGCCAAUCUGCUGCCGUUUGAACACAAUAUCCUGUCCAAGCUCGAUAGGCUGUCCAUACUUCGGCUGUCUGUUAGCUACCUCCGGACGAAGAGUUACUUCCAAGUUACAAUGCACAAGUCCAAAGAAGAACAAAAUAACGUUACCAGCUCCCAGUACCAGCGUUCGCGAACUUGUCCGGAGCCCCAUCACUUGCAUUUAGACGGAGAUAUGUUCCUACAAGCGUUAAAUGGAUUUUUAGUGAUGUUAACUUGCGACGGCGAGGUGUUUUUUGCAACACACACAAUAGAAAAUUACCUAGGCUUCCAUCAAUCUGACAUAGUUCAUCAGUCCGUUUACGAGCUAGUGCAUUCCGAGGACCGCGAAGAAUUGCAAAGACAACUCAUGUGGAACUCGACCAUACAGUCAGAACCCGGAUCUCCUGCACCGUCCAUUACGUUGCACGAGGCUUUACACCCUGACAACGGUCGUUUGUUACAGCGCAGUUUUACUAUACGCUUCCGGUGUCUUUUAGACAAUACUUCCGGGUUUUUGAGACUGGACGUUCGUGGUCGUAUCAAAGUUAUUCACGGUCAGAAUCGUAAAUCGGAUGAGCUACCUCCUUUGGGCUUGUUUGCUUUGUGUACGCCAUUUGGACCGCCGUCUUUAUUGGAAAUACCUCACAAAGAAGUUAUGUUUAAAAGCAAACACAAACUCGAUCUCAGCCUUGUGUCAAUGGACCAGAGAGGCAAAUUGCUGUUAGGUUAUUGCGAUUCUGAACUAGCUAAUAUGGGAGGAUACGACUUGGUUCAUUACGAUGACUUGGCGUACGUAGCCAGUGCCCACCAAGAAUUAUUAAAAACUGGAGCUUCAGGAAUGAUAGCGUACAGAGUACAAACUAAACAAGAAACGUGGCAAUGGUUGCAGACUAGUUCUAGACUAGUGUACAAAAAUUCUAAGCCGGAUUUUGUUAUCAGUACACACAGGCCGUUAAUGGAAGAAGAAGGCCGGGAUUUGUUGGGUAAACGAACAAUGGACUUCAAAGUAAGUUAUCUGGACGCUGGGCUAACUAACAGUUAUUUUAGUGAUUCGGAACAACUGACGGGUACCUUACCUGCUACCGCACCCAACAACCCAGCUCAGCCUUCUCAGCCUAGACGCCGUUAUAAGACGCAUUUGAGAGACUUUUUAUCUACAUGUCGAACCAAACGGAAACUUUCUUCUUCGACAACUCUUCCGACCUCUGUCACUGUGGCCGAAUAUCAGACGGUACAAGCCCCGUCUGUCACCCCCACCGCUUCUGCAGACAUUUUGUACACAAAUCUCAACACGACUACGUUGUAUACGACCACACCGUAUAACGGUGCCGGCGUGACGGACAAUGGCACAGGUUACCAAACGAAUUUUCAUCAGCCCUUGUACGAUACCCGGAUACCUUAUUUGACUGCUACCGAUAAUCUAUUCCAAUAUAGGUCCUUAGGUAAUUAUUAUCCCGAAUACCAUACGCCAUCAAACACCCCGUACAUGGGGCACGGUUUUUUAGAUAUUAAUCCUAGGGCGCCUGUUCAAUGUGGUUUGCCCAUGUACGACCAAUUGACGACGGUGAUUGGUAAUAGAGACUGUGACAAGGUGUACGGAUCACCACCAAUGGAUCAACAACAUCAGCAGCAGCACGGAGGUUCUACAACAGAAGACGGCAUGUCAAAGUGCAUGGACCAAGGGGCACCUUACUUGAUACCACUGAGCGAUGUUCAGUUUAGAAUCAAAAGUUCCUCACCAACACCAAACGGGUUGAAAAUUGAAGAUUCGAAAUCUGAGUACGACAUGCCAUCUGAUUCGGAUGCGCCUAGGCAAACAGUACUCAUGUGGGGAACGUGUGUAGGGAACUCCACGUCGCCGAAUCAGUCACCAGGUGGUGGUAGCGGCGGAGGUGAUGGCGGGAACUCGAGGACUCCACCACAGAUUAACGGUCAUCCACCGUCGCCGUACUUGCAACAAAAGAAAAUGUCAUCACCCACGUCUGAAACCCUCAAGUCGCUGCAAACUGAAUUGCCUGAUACACCGCCAAGUCCAGCGUACUCCAAUCAUCAUUAUCAUCAUCACCAGUAUCAUCAACAUUUAACUGGGGGCGCUGAGGUAUGGACACCCCCGCACGCGCACCCAUCGCACCACUUCUAUGCUUAUCACCACCACCACAACAACAGCACGGAUGUUUAUCACGACUCGCCGUACAACAACAAUUACCUUUACAAUCAUACUGCUCAUCAUCAAACCACCGUUCCUCCACCGUCACAAUAUCCGAGUCCGUCUCAAUCCAGAUUAAAUCACAGGACUGCAGUCCUCUGUUGUCCAUCUCGGAGGUGACCAACACGCUGCUCAACCAAUGAAUAAUAACUCUUGACUGUAAAAAUAAAACAUAAAUAAAUUGUAUUUAAUUUUUUUUAAUGUUUAAAUAGUAUUAAAUAGGUACAUAUCAUUUUUACUAUUUCAUUAUACUUUAGGAUAAUGCAUAACUAUUUACUUUCUUUAAACGCACAAAUAAUUUUUUUUUUUAUAAUUAGUCAAUGGUUCUAUAUACAUAAAUCAUUUUUAUAAAUGCACUUAACAAAAAUAAUAAGAUAUUAGCUAUUGAAAAUCCCAUGAUUGUUGUUUUUCUUGAAACCUAUUUAUGUUUUUAGUAAUGUUUGUAGAUAUUUUUCUUUGUUGUUUUAUAUUUUAUAAAGAAAAUGUGUACACUAGUUUUAUUAUUUUGUUCUGUGAUAUGAAUUUUUUUUAAAUUAUUAAUAGUUACUCAAUCUGGUAAACUACAUAAUCGCUGUAUUUAAUGGUUCUUAUUAGAUUAUUUAAAUUUAACUUUUGACUAAUGUACUUAAUAUCAAAUCGUAAAAUUUUUCUUAAGUAAUAUAUUCUAAUGUUUUUAACCAAUUG